AUGAAAUUAAAUUAUAAUCAUGAUUUAUUACAAGAUAUUAUUAAAAGAAAAGACGUUGUUUACGUCUGCUUCAAUGAAUUUAGUGGUAGACGAGAGAUAGCUAAAGGAGCCUAUGCCGAAGUGUUUAAAGCCUAUUGGUCUACGAAAAGCACAACUGUAGCACUUAAACGCUUGUUUGAUAACAGCAAUAACUUUCAAAUAUUACUACAUGAGUUAAAACUAAUUCAGGCACUAGAGUCACAUGAUAAUAUAAUAAAGUUUUACGGUAUAACUCGAGAUCCAGAGAAUAAAUACAGUAUAAUACUAGAAUAUUCUAACGGAGGGAAUUUGCGAGAUUACCUGCGCAAAAAAUUCUCAUCUCUUAAUUGGUCGGAGAAAAUUGAUAUCGCAAAGCAGAUUGCCUGUGGACUUUCGUAUAUUCAUAAUAAAAAUGUAACUCACAGAGAUUUGUGGUGUCAUUAUUGCAAUGCUAAACGGUUUCUGGACGACUCUAAGAAUUGGACAAGUGGUAAUCCUAUCAUAGAUAAAUUUAUUUUGGACAUCCAAGUUAAAGCCUCUAAUUCAGAUGAAGUCAUCGAGUGGAUCCCAUUUGACAAGCUUAAAAAUGUGACACUUGAAAGUGUUGGAUCAUACAAUAGAUUUUAUAAAGCAGAAUGGCAAGAUGGCUAUAUUGUUCGUUGGAAUAACGUAAAUAAUGAGUGGGAUCGAUGUUCUAACAAGGCUAUUUGUUUAAGAAAAUCUAAAUAUUCAUAUGGUGAUGUUUACUCUAAAUUUUUACGCGAGAUCCAGUUUCAACUGACAUUCAGGAGGAAAGGUGCAGCACUCUCUAUUUACGGAAUAACAAAAGAUCCUCGUACGAUGGACUACAUAAUGGUUAUGGAUUAUGCUAACGAUGGAAGUCUUCAAGGUGUGAUCGACGAUAAAUUUGAAAGACUUGAUUGGAACAUUAAAAUGGCCAAUCUAUAUUUAAUUAUUAAGAGUCUUAAUGAGAUACACAAAGAAGGACUAGUGCAUAAAAACAUCCACCUCGGUAGCAUAGUUUGUCAUGGCAUAUCUGAUCCAUACCUGAGCGGCUUUAUUUUUUGCGGAAGAGUAUCUGAUAACCCUAUUAAUUAUCCUCCAAUUAAAUACAUAGCCCCAGAAGUUCUGUCUAAAGAUCGAAAGCACACGAAGGCGUCCGAUAUUUAUUCAUUUGGUAUCGUCAUGUUGGAAAUUUUAAUCAAAAAUCUUCCUCCAACCAACAACAAUAUCCUAGCAAACACCAAACCCUCGUUUUUGGCAUAUUUUUAUAACAGAAUAAUCAACAUAAUCAAACCUAGAAAAAACCGUCUACGAGCUCAAACAAUCAAAGGUGGUGUGUUUAUUACAAGUAGUAAUAUUCCCAGACUACUCAAAAAUUUGAUUAUAAGAUGUCUGGACGUCAAUCCUGAUAACCGACCAACUUGUGAAGAACUAAUUGAUGUUUUUACGCAAGUGAAAUCUAGAAAAGCUGGUUAUUAUAUCGAUGAAUCAUCGGAGCUAUACAGACAAAUCCAAGAAAUUGAAUUAUCAAACAAUUGA